AUGUCCAAGGAGAAGGUUGCUGCUGCCAAGAACAUGGCCUUCGCUUUCGAUAUCGAUGGUGUCUUGGCCCACGGUAACGAGGCCAUUCCCGAGGCCAAGGAGGCCCUCGCCAUGCUCAACGGUGACAACGAGCUGGGCAUCAAGAUCCCUUACAUUCUCCUGACCAACGGUGGUGGUAAGACUGAGGAUGAGCGCUGCGCCCAGCUCACCGAGGUCCUUGGCUGCCCCAUCUCCACCGACCAGUUCAUCCAGUCUCACACCCCAAUGCAGGCGUUGGCCGAGUACUACGAAACCGUCCUGGUCUGCGGUGGUGAGGGCCAGAAGAUCCGCAAGGUCGCUGAGAACUACGGCUUCAAGAACGUCAUCCAUCCCAAGGAUAUCCUCGCCUGGGACCAAACCAUCUCCCCCUGGGGCUGCUUCCACGAGGAGGACCGUCUCCAGGCCAAGCCCCGCGACUUCUCUAAGAUCAAGUUCGAUGCUAUCCUGGUGUUCGCCGACUCCCGCGACUACGCCACUGACAUGCAGCUCAUCAUGGAUCUCCUCCUGGCUGAGGACGGAAAGUUGCUGACCCGCGCCAAGGACCCCGUUGCCUCCCGCAUCCCGGUCUACUUCUCCCAGGGUGACCUGGUCUUCCCUACCGACCACAAGGGUCCCCCCCGUCUGACCCAGGGUCUCUUCCGUAUCUCCAUUGAGGCUCAGUACAAGGCCCUCACCGGUGUCGACCUGGAGCGUGUCGUCUACGGCAAGCCCGAGCGCGCCACUUACACCUACGCCGAUGAGGUCAUGAAGGCCUGGAUGGAGCAGAUCCACAACGAGAACCGCCUGCCCGAGAACAUCUACAUGGUCGGUGACAACCCGGCCUCCGACAUCUGCGGUGGUAACAUGCACGGCUGGAACACCUGUCUGGUGCGCACCGGUGUCUUCCAGGGCAAGGACAACGACGACAACAACCCGGCCAACUUCGGUGUCUUCCCCAACGUCCUGGAGGCUGUCAAGGCCGCCGUCCGCAAGGAGCUCGGCCAGGACUUCAAGUUCAAGUGGAACCCCAAGGUCAACCCCGUCCUCCACGGCGACGGUGCCUCUGCUGUCGAGUAA